CAAAAUUUGUGAAAAACAUGUGGAGACUAAAGUUACACUGCAACAUCGAUUCUAUCUUUUAUCUAACAAAUCUAACGUCAUAUGAAAAAUAAUGUAGGCAGUGAAACAUCGAAUGUGAUUUAUUGUACUUUCUACAAUACUUGUCAAAUAAGAACAGUUGAAAAAUCCCAUUCCAUGUGUUUGUGCAGUGGGUGCAGACAACAUUUCCCACUUGAUACAAGUUCUUUAUAGUGUGCCAGAUAUGGACACAGUUUUGUUGAAAGAAAAGGUUCUCAGUGCUCAAGAACUUUUCAAGUAUCGCAGACCCUUGGACAAGACUGUACCAAACAGAGGAGGGGCUAAGGACUUUGAACCUGAUGGAUCAUUUCUUCAGUCUAAGUGGAUAGAGUCUCUCAGUCAGGAGAGAUCAAAGGUCUUGAGAGAACAAAGAGUAGAGAGAGAGGGUGGUUUGGUGAAAGGAGAAUGGAACAAAGACCUCCAGUUGGUUGAACUUGAACGGGAAAUGGGGAAAUUUUGGACAUACAUGGGAUUUGAAGACAGCAGUAGGAAAUGGUUGUUUCCUGAGGAGGCACUAUUCCUGAUGGAAACUAACACACUGGUGGUGAAUUAUAAAGGUUUGCCUCUCAGCAUCCAGCAGGCUUAUUCUGCUUUCUUCGGUACUGUUACCAUGACAUCAGAGUGCUACCAAGUAUAUGCUCACCUGAGGAGACUGGGCUAUGUUGUAUUGAGGCAUCAAGGAUGCCUGGAUGUCACAACAUAUGAAAGAAAAAUCCACUUAGACCAGCAUGUUAAAAUUGACAAAAAGAAAAGGAAACAUAAGGGAGACAACCCAUCUGAUAGCCCCAGUCUUGGUGAUAAGAAGGUCAAAGUCAGUUCAGAAGACUCAGGUAGGGAAACGGUGAAAGAACAGCUGGAAUGUUCUACCCCAGAGAAUUGUGGAUCAGUUAUGGAGGUGGAUGGACCACCUGUAACUGAAGGAGUGAGUAAUGACAGAUUAUUUGACAACAAAGUCUGGGACACUUCGGGGACAGCUGAUCUACCUGGUGCUGAACUGAAGAACAGUGAGUUGAUGGAGGAGCCUGAUGGAGUAUGUGUGCCCUAUUCCCAAUGGGACUUUGACGAGUUAGGCUUCCCUAGCAUUGGAGGUGUUGAAGUGUUGGAGUUACAGAUGCCCAAACUUGAUCUACUACCACAUGGCAUAGACUUCAGUACAGCACCAAAUACAUUUGAUGCCCGAGCAUAUCUUUCACAGCAAAGAAAACAUAAAAUGUAUCGUGGACAACAGCAGCAGGAAAGUGUGGACAAUUUAGAAUUUUCCUAUGCAGAAAUGAUUCACAAAAAGAGAAAAAUAACUGCCUCAAAUUGGGGAGAGUUUAAAAGGAAAAUGGCUAUCAGAGACUUGAAGGAUGAAAGUGCGUUCUUCUCUCCAGCCGAGUGUCUGUGGGAAGGGGAGAUAACACCUUUAGUAAGACCAACUGACUCUACAUCCACACGAAAUAUCCUAAACAGGUUGCAUAUCAUUGAAAAUGUCAAUCUUACAAUGAAACCCAGGCCCCUGGGAGACAAACCUGUUACUGGUGGAAUAAUGUUUGAUGUUUACCUGCCAGAUGCCAAGUUCAGAAAGUCGAGGCCUGGCAUUCCUAAUUACAGAGUGUGUGUUUCAAAGAACCACGAAAGUCCGCCAAGUCUACAGCAGAUUGUGACUACAAAGGGAUCAUUUAAGGAUGGUGUUCCUGUCUGCUGGGCAGUGCUUGAUCAUGGAGAUAUAGCCUUCUAUCAGUUCUCCGACAUCUCUCUCCCACAGGAGGUGUCAAUGGGGUAGGGACCAGACUGGGAUAGUCUAGCUACACAGACCACAGAUAUUUGUCUCCAACAGGAAAUGUCAGUGGGGUAGGUACAAACUGGGAUAGUUUAUUUAUACAGACAACAGAAAUCUCUCUCCAACAGGAAUGCCAAUAGGUUAAGGACCAAACUGGGAAACCCUAGCUAUACAAGCAACAGAUAUCUUUCUCCCACAGGAAGUGUCAAUUAGCUUUUGAGACAGAAAACAUCUCCCUCGACAGGAAGUGUCAGACAAAUUGGGUUAGCUUAGUAAUAGAAACAACAGACAUCUUUGUCUUUCUCCAUAUCAGUUGAAAUAAGGAAAACUGUGGUCUUGAAAUAAUCAAAUAAAAAAGAAUACUUAAUAAAAUGAUGUGUUCACAUGAGAAUGGUUACAUAUAAAACAUUUGUAUGUUUACUGUCUAAUGCAGCAUUGUAAGGACAAACACUGCAGAGCAACCAUUGUAAUAUGGUAAAUACCAGUUUAAU